UCCUGUAUAACUCUCUCUCAUCCAAACAGAUGCUAUGCAGCGACAAGACUCAGAACUUUGCUCUCAUUGACUCUCUGAUUUUGUUUCUUCCCCCCUUACCAGACACGACUGGGGAGAACAUUGCUGAGUCUCUUGUGGCAGAAGGCCUGGCCUCUCGCAGGGAAGGAAUCCGAGCCAAUAAUCCUGAGCAGAACAGACUGGCUGAGCUGGAAGAUCAGGCGAAGGUUGCAAAAAAAGGAACGUGGAGCGAAGGAACAGGCUCUCACACGGUCCGGGAUCUCAAAUACACGAUUGAAAACCCGCGCCACUUUGUGGACUCCAUGCACCAGAAGCCAGUCAAUGCCAUCAUAGAACAUGUCCGGGAUGGUAGCGUGGUCAGAGCCCUGCUCCUGCCUGAUUACUACUUGGUCACCGUCAUGCUUUCUGGCAUCAAGUGCCCCACGUUCAAGCGGGAGGCAGAUGGCACAGAGACACCGGAGCCAUUUGCAGCUGAAGCAAAGUUCUUCACUGAGUCACGGCUGCUGCAGAGAGAUGUGCAGAUUGUCCUGGAGAGCUGCCACAAUCAGAACAUCCUGGGCACCAUCCUCCAUCCGAAUGGCAACAUCACGGAGCUGCUGCUGAAGGAAGGCUUUGCGCGCUGCGUGGACUGGUCCAUUGCUGUGUAUACCCGUGGGGCUGAGAAGUUGCGAGCUGCCGAAAGGUACGCCAAGGAACGCAAGCUGAGAAUCUGGAGAGACUAUGUGGCUCCCACAGCUAAUCUGGACCAGAAGGACAAGCAGUUCAUUGCAAAGGUGAUGCAAGUGCUAAAUGCAGAUGCCAUUGUGGUUAAGCUGAACUCUGGAGACUACAAAACCAUUCAUCUGUCCAGCAUCCGACCACCUAGACUGGAAGGAGAAGGCACCCAGGACAAGAACCGGAAGCUGCGCCCACUCUAUGACAUUCCAUACAUGUUUGAGGCUCGGGAGUUCCUGCGGAAGAAGCUCAUUGGAAAGAAGGUGAACGUCACUGUGGACUACAUCAGACCUGCCAGCACCGCCACGGAGACUGUGCCUGCCUUCUCGGAGCGAACCUGUGCCACCGUUGCCAUUGGAGGCAUAAACAUCGCUGAGGCCCUAGUGAGCAAGGGCCUUGCCACUGUCAUCCGCUACCGGCAGGAUGACGACCAGCGAUCCUCGCACUAUGACGAGCUGCUGGCCGCAGAGGCACGGGCUAUCAAGAAUGGCAAAGGAUUGCACAGCAAGAAAGAGGUGCCAAUACACCGCGUGGCCGAUAUCUCUGGGGACACCCAGAAGGCCAAGCAAUUCCUGCCCUUCCUGCAGCGGGCCGGCCGCUCCGAGGCGGUGGUGGAGUACGUCUUCAGCGGCUCUCGGCUCAAGCUGUACAUGCCAAAGGAAACCUGCCUUAUCACCUUCCUGCUAGCAGGUAUCGAGUGUCCCCGCGGAGCACGAAACCUUCCCGGCCUGGUCCAGGAGGGAGAGCCCUUCAGCGAAGAAGCCACCGUCUUCACCAAGGAGUUAGUGCUGCAGCGUGAGGUAGGAGGUGGAAGGGGAGAGCAUGGCCAGGGCUGGCGGCAUCCUGGGGGCGGCUGGAUUUGGAGGAGGGCCCCAGCAAGGCUGAGAGCUGGUGGCCGGGCUGCUCAAUCCAGGGAGCGGUUUGUACUAUGGGAGCUGCCCAUGUGGCAGUGGGGCCAGGAGCGGGCUCAGGGACGUGGCCAGCCAGUCUGA